UGUUUAGUAAUUUGUGCGUCUCUGUUUUGUUUGUGUAUUAAAACGAUUGAAAGAUUAAAACAAAAAUAAAAAAUGUUCUACGAACACAUAAUAUUGGCCAAAAAAGGCCCGCUAGCCAGGAUCUGGCUAGCAGCGCAUUGGGAUAAGAAAAUAACUAAAGCGCACGUCUUCGAAACAAAUAUAGAGAAAUCAGUGGAGGGUAUUUUACAGCCAAAAGUAAAAUUGGCGCUACGUACGUCAGGCCACUUACUGCUUGGCGUUGUGCGAAUUUACUCUAGGAAGGCAAAGUAUCUAUUGGCGGAUUGCAAUGAGGCGUUUGUUAAAAUCAAAAUGGCAUUCAGGCCAGGAAUGGUGGACUUACCUGAGGGCCAUAGAGAAGCUAAUGUUAAUGCAAUUACGCUGCCCGAAGUUUUCCACGAUUUUGACACAGCCCUUCCCGAACUCAAUGAUAUUGAUAUUGAGGCGCAGUUCUCUGUCAACCAGUCUCGAGCAGAUGAAAUAACAAUGCGAGAGGAUUAUGGUAGCCUGUCACUGUCCCUCCAGGACGACGGCUUUGGAGACAUUGGAUUCGAGGCGGACACGCCCGAGAUGAUGCGUGGCCCCUUGUCCGGGAACAUAAAUGAUCAGCUCUUUGAUGAUGAUGUACUCACAAAUGUCGUUGAGCCAAACGAUCCCAACAUCACGUUAACACAGUCCGAAAUGCCGAAUGAUCGACUGGACGGUGAUGGCUUUGGUGAUUCCUUUGGACAGCCAGCAUUAUUCGAGGACGAUCUAUUUGGGGAGCCCCCGCAAACAGUUGGCAUAAAUACGGCAAUUAAUGAGCCCACCAAUCCGCCGGAUUAUUCGGAUGAUGAUGGCAUCGAUAACUUCAACAACCCUCCGUCUCCGGCGUCGUCCUGUGCCGAUUCGGUGCACGAUGACAAGGAGGACAACUUUCAGGCAAAGGAUAACAGUUUUAAUGAGGACGCCAAUGCAGCUGGCGGGGAUGCGGCUCUAAAUGAUCUGACCCUGGUACAAAAUGACGACGAGGGAUUCGCUCUGGCACCCAUUGAUGCAACCACUUACAAGGGCGCCACGAAAGCCAAGCGCAAGCGAAAGCUUAUCAUUGACGAAAUCAAAAAUAUAUCGGGAGAGGAAAUGAAGGCCCAACUGGCGGACACCUCCGAUAUACUGACGACUCUCGAUCUGGCCCCGCCCACAAAGAGAUUGAUGUAUUGGAAGGAAACGGGUGGAGUGGAGAAGCUGUUUGCUCUGCCCUCUCGGACAAUACCCGCCAGAGUUCUACUUAACAACUAUAACCGGCAAUUGGUAUCACAUUCGACGCCCCUGGAGGACUUCUCUGUAAUUGCCCCCAUGGACGUUCUGGGCUUGGAGAUGUACGCACAAGAAGGCGAAAGCUCGGUCAUAAUUGUGAACAAGAAGGGACGCAAGCGAAAGAAUGAUACGUCUGCAAGUUUGGCUGCUGACCAAAGUGCAGAUAAUAACACACUCACUCAGAGUCUAGCGGCGCCCGAGAUGCUUCGAGAGCAGGAGAAAUCGCUGGGCGUGUCGGCUGUAUCACUUGAAAUUACCACGAAAGAGCAGGAGAGCCUUGGACCUCAGAACGAGGCAGCUAUCUUUGAGAAUAUGCGUAGUCCUGCCCUGCUCUCGUUCAACGACAUGGAGAACUUCUCAAACCUUAACGAACUACCACUGACGCCGCGCGAUGGCCACCAGGAUAUGGGCGAUGAUUUCCAUCACGGCGACCUGACACCGGCUGGACUGGAGCAUGGACAAAUGACGCCACAUCAUGGAAGAAUGGGAGACAUUGAUUGUAUGCCAAACCUGCCGCCAGACCAAGUCAGCUCGAUAUUCAACGAGACCGAAGGAAGAAACAUGCCCGCUGGCAACAACUUCAAUAAGUCGUGCGAUAUUUCCACAGAUUGGAAUGACUACGACUUUCCGCCUUCAGCGGGUCUGCCGCACACCGCAGCCGAGGAACAAAUGGAGAAUGAAACGGAUGAGCAGUUUGAGGAGCGUGUGCUGAACAAGCGAGCGGCGCAACUCUUCCUCGAUGUCAGAGUUCACUUCAACAACCACGAUCACCUGACCCUAUCGCAGCUGACGGUGCGAAACACGAGAAAACAGGCGGCUCAGAAGUUCUACUCGUUGCUCGUAUUGAAAAAGUUCAAGGCCCUGAAUAUAACACAAACGGCGCCGUAUGCCGAUAUUACGGUAACGCGCGGUCCUCUGUUCGACAAUCCAAAAUUGUAAAGAUUAGACGAACGGUCUGUUUGCAUGAUCUUUGGGCAGUAAGAAUCCAAAACAAGAAUUGGGAGGAUAAGCUGUCAUGAUUA